AUGAGUUCGCAAUCAAACCACGAAGAACACGAAGCGACGCCUCGCAGUAGCACUCCCCUGACCCCCGAAGCGCUUGCGGAAGACCUCCGAUUAUUCAAUCGCUCCCCACAUCCUUACCACAGGAGCCGGCGCAUCGGAUCAAGCACCCCCUCCGAACACGGCGACCGUCUCCACCCGCUCUCCUCCUACUCAAGGUCGUCGCGCACAACCAGCGAUAGCGGCACAGAAGCCGACGAUGAGAGCACAGGUAUUCUAAGGGGCUUACCUGCUCCUCCGCUUCGUCCUCGAAAAGGCUUGCGGUCUGGGGACACCGAUUCCUGGCUACCUAGCUUGCAACCAUGGCCGUCAUUUGCGCGGCGGUCAUCGCGACAGAGUUCGGAGGAGGAACUCGAAGAAGAGGCCUUCGAAGAAAGACAAAGAUUCAGACGACAAAGGCGAGUGGAGGUUCUCCGGCGCUCUUUGGAGGCGACCCUCCUGCUGUCUGUUGGCGGAGUCGUCUUGUAUGAAGGCGGAGCGCGGGCUUUGGCCUGGGAAUGGCGAAAAGAGAUUGCUGCUCAUGGUCUCACGGUCAUGGGUCUCUAUGCCGCCUAUCCGCUCGCCGUUCGUGCCUCACAGGGCCGAAGCUGGCGCAUUUGGCGCAUUUGGUCUACGAAACGAACAUACUUUUCGUUGCCCUCAAGCUUUGAUCCGGCUCCUCUCCUAUACCCAGUUCUUAUUCCGAUAUUUGUUUCACUGUCGCUGUCCAACCAUCUUCCGUCACUUGUUAUGCAUAAUAUCAUCCUCAGCCUCUCCUCCCUACCUACGCCCGUUAUACCAUUCCAGAACUGGGCUUAUGGACUCAAUUCUGUCCAUUGGAUGGUAUCUUUGAUCCCCAUUCUCAUUUCCGAGCAUUUCUCUUUGGACAAUACAGUGCCCAAACCAUUGACGCUUCGCGGGCUCGACGCGGAAUCUUUAAUGCUUCUUUUUCCUUUGCAUCAAGCGUUGAUACCCACUUUGGAUUUUUUGUUGACGACCAGCAUUCUUCCUGCCGAGCUGCAGCUUUUGACAAUUGCCUUGAUCAACUUGUACCUAUUUGCGGCCUCUCCCCAGAUGGAGAUUCUUAAAGCCUUAUUAUGGCUUGGUGGGAUGUGUUUGUUCGCCUUUUGUCGGCAUAUACUGCGCUGGGAGGUUUCUUUGGCCAGAAUUCCCAGUUGGAAGUUCCGUCGCGCUCCUAUUUCCUCGAAAUCUCCCCGCAAGUUUUUGAAUAUGAUGGACCAUCGACUGUGCGAGAAGUUGAGUAGGACGGUGCAUGUCCCGUCGGACGCUUCGUCGGACAGUGAUGGGCCAACUGGGUUCCCAUUUUCGAGGCCGCGCAAGAGUAGGACUAUGCGGGAGAACCGCAGUGCCCACCCGCCACCAGAGCCUGCAUCUGCAAUCGAAAAAAUUGUGACGGAAGAGAUUUUUGAGCGAUAUGCCCGCAAUGUGAAACGACGACGCCAUACAAUAUCUACGUUUGAUGAAGCCGUUCGAGAGGAACGCGUUCGAACUACUCCCGGUGGCAGGCGCAAGAAAACGAUGGGCCCUGGUCUGGCCUCUUUCCUCUCCCUCACUUCAGCCCAGGCGCAGGUUCGCAAAUGGCUGUACGCCUUUUAUGUCUACAUUUUGACUUUGGCGAUUGUUAUUGGACCUAUCCGAAAGUACAUCGCAGACCGCGCUUUGCAAGGCCAAGAUCCGUUCGGCUGGGCUAUAGGCUACUUGUUUGGCAAUUUCUCGCGAGUUCGCUUUUGGGUCCUUAUGUUAAACCUCGAGUACUGGAUUGAACUGCCACCUCGCCCCGAUGCCGAGGCUCUGAGUGCCUCCUGCUUUCUGGGAUCGGUCGAACAUAUUCGCCAGGCUACUUUUGGAGCAGCCAACACUCGUUUACUACUCAGCGGUUACUGCGCGUUGGUGCUGCUGACAGGUCUGGCUAUUGUUAAUAGACUCAGCUUUAUUGCUGAGGUUGACACGCGGCGCAAGAUCUUCCACGGCAUGAUGGUGGUUAUGUUCCUUCCCGCCAUUUUUGUGGACCCAGCCUUUUGCGCCAUGGCGCUGGCACUGGUCCUGUCCAUUUUCCUUCUAUUGGACCUGUUCCGCGCGUCUCAGCUACCCCCUAUCUCACGGCCACUUACCCAUUUCCUGGCCCCGUACGUCGAUGGCCGUGAUCACCGUGGUCCCGUCAUCAUCUCACACAUCUUCUUGUUAAUUGGAUGUUCUAUACCACUUUGGUUGUCGCUUUCCGAUCUUCCUCGGUUUGGCGUAGGCCCCUGGGCUGGCUGGGAAGUACCAUCACGAGACGUCAGCAUGGCGAGCGGAGUUAUUUGUGUCGGCAUGGGUGAUGCAGCCGCAUCUCUCAUUGGCCGACGAUACGGUCGAUUGAAAUGGUUCUGGGGUGGUGGCAAAUCACUCGAGGGCAGUGUUGCGUUUGUGGUAGCCGUUACAUGCGGGCUGAUCGUGGUUCGUGCCUGGCUGGUGCUUGGGGGAUGGCCCGUGUCAGGGGUCGAAUCAGCCCAAGGGGGUACUUUCUCCGUUCAUUUUUGGGUCUGCACUCUGUUUAAGGCGGUUCUGGCGGCCGCCGGGACGAGCGCCACCGAGGCCAUUCUCACUGGCUGUAAUGACAACGUCGUGGUCCCCGUAGUGUUGUGGCUGCUGGUGCGGGGUCUGGGGGUUUGA